AUGCAUAUCAAGGAGAUGCUCGCGGACGCUGAGAGGAGCGGUCAGCCCUCCUUCUCUUUCGAAUACUUCCCGCCGAGGACCGCUCAGGGUGUCCAGAACCUCUACGAUCGUAUGGAGCGCAUGUAUGAGUUUGGUCCCAAGUUCAUUGAUGUCACAUGGGGCGCUGGUGGUCGAAUUGCCGAGCUCACCUGCGAAAUGGUUGCCCAAGCCCAGACCUACUUUGGUCUCGAGACAUGUAUGCACUUGACUUGCACCGACAUGGGAGAGGAAAAGGUCAACAAUGCUCUGCAGAAUGCCUACAAAGCCGGCUGCACGAACAUCCUUGCCCUCCGCGGCGAUCCGCCCAGAGAGAAGGAAGAAUGGGUGGCCACCGAAGGCGGAUUUCAAUAUGCCCGGGAUCUGGUCAAGCACAUCAGGAACAAGUACGGCAGUCACUUCGAUAUCGGUGUCGCGGGUUAUCCCGAAGGCUGCGACGAUAACAAGGAUGAGGAGCUGCUUCUGGAUCACUUGAAGGAGAAGGUUGAUGAGGGAGCUACCUUUAUCGUGACUCAGAUGUUCUACGAUGUCGACAACUUUGUGAGAUGGGUUGGCAAAGUGCGAGAGAGGGGCAUCACCAUUCCGAUUGUGCCUGGUAUCAUGCCCAUUGCUACAUAUGCCAGUUUCAUCCGCCGCGCCAACCAUAUGAAGUGCAAGAUCCCCGAGCACUUUACCAAGGCGCUCGAACCGGUCAAGAAUGACGAUGCUGCUGUUCGUGAAGUUGGAAAGAAGCUCGUGGCCGACAUGUGCCGCCAGAUUCUUGGAGCUGGAAUUUGCCAUUUGCAUUUCUACACCAUGAACCUGGCUCAAGCAACCCGCAUGGUUCUCGAGGAGUUGGACUGGAUGCCUACUCAAGGUCGCCCCAGGAAGCAUGCUUUGCCUUGGAAGCAAUCUCUGGGACUUGGCCGCAGAGACGAAGAUGUGCGCCCCGCGUUCUGGCGCAACCGGAACAAGUCGUAUGUUGCGCGUACCCAAGAAUGGGACGAGUUCCCUAACGGCAGAUGGGGUGAUUCGCGAUCGCCGGCUUUCGGAGAGUUGGACGCGUACGGUAUUGGGUUGACGGGCACAAACGAGGCGAACCGCAAGAAGUGGGGAGAGCCCAAGUCGGUUCGGGACAUUGCCGACCUCUUCGUCCGCUACCUUGAGAACGACCUGGACUCGCUGCCAUGGAGUGAGGCGCCCAUCACCAGCGAGGCCGACUCCAUCAAAGCAGAUCUCAUCGAGUUGAACAGACGUGGCUUACUGACCAUCAACUCACAGCCUGCUGUGAACGGUGCCAAGUCUAACCACCCGAUCCAUGGUUGGGGCCCACCGGGUGGUUAUGUCUACCAAAAGUCGUACUUGGAGCUUCUCGUAUCGCCAGAGUUGUUCCAAAAGAUCUUGCCCCGACUUCAUGAACACCCUGACAUGUCCUAUUACGCUGUCACAAGGACUGGAGCUGUCAAGUCCAACGCGUCCUCAGAGGGACCGAAUGCGGUGACAUGGGGUGUCUUCCCUGGAAAAGAGAUUGUGCAACCCACGAUCGUCGAAGGUAUCAGUUUCCUUGCGUGGAAGGACGAGGCCUUCCGACUUGGAUCGGACUGGGCUCGCUGCCAUGACGCCGGCAGCCCUAGUAGAGAGCUGAUCGACAAGAUCACGAAUGAGUGGUAUUUGGUCAACAUUGUCAACAACGACUUCCACCAACCACGUACAAUUUUUGAGCUUUUUGAUGGUCUCUCUGUAGACGGAUUGGAAGACGAGGUCAUCGUACCUCCCAAGGUCACUAACGGAGUGACAGCGGAACCACUCGAUUAG